CAUUAACCACAAGCGCCGUCAGACGCCGCCCUCUGAACUGCACAUGCGCAGUCGGUUGUUCUUCUCGGCACAGCUGUAGGAGAAAAUGGCAGCACUCAUGCUAGGACAGCAGGCUCGUCAGUUCAGCACAUCUGUGAUCAGACAAAAACUGGUUAAGUCCCCCAUCCAGGUCUAUGGAGUGGAGGGCCGCUACGCCACGGCUCUGUUCUCAGCUGCCAGUAAGCAGAACCAACUGGACCAAGUGGAAAAGGAGAUGGGAAAAGUGUCUGCCCUGAUCAAGGACCCCAAAGUUUCCAGUAUUGUAAUGAAUCCUCAUGUUAAGCGCAGCAUCAAGCAGAAGACUUUCCAUGAUGCUCUUGCAAAGGCCAAGGUUUCAAACGUCACCGUCAACCUCAUCAAUGUUUUGGCUGACAACGGUCGUCUUCCUAUAACUGCGGAUGUUAUCGCCGCCUUUGGCAAGAUGAUGAGCGCACACCGCGGAGAGGUUAUCUGCACCGUCACCACGGCUCAGCCGUUGGCUGAUGCUGAUCUUGCUGACCUGAAAGUCGCUCUGAAGGGAUUUCUAAAGAAGAGUGAAACCAUCAAGCUGGAAACAAAGUUUGAUCCUGCAAUCCUGGGGGGCAUGAUUGUCAGUAUUGGUGACAAGUAUGUGGACAUGUCUACUAAAACAAAGAUUCAGAAGCUGACCAAGCUCAUAAAGGCAGCUUAAGUCCUGUGGACUUUAUUUCGCAAAAGAUUGAAGGCGACCAUUGGAAGAUGCUGAUUUAAUGUAUAUUGCUGUUCUGGCAUUGCAGUUGCUCCAUAAAUCUAGUGUCUGUACUUAAGUUGAUAUGGAUGUUAAUAAAAACGUGUAAAACAUUGAA